GUGGUUUUUCAACCAGGCAUGUGUGGAACACGUACGUACCCCGAGAAGAAAGCAGCCUGUAUGGAAAAACGAGGUUCAACUAUAAGAAGUUGGGCUCUUACUCCCAGAGAGUGAUAUCUCUUGAAACCUCUGUCAACUCUCCAAUAGUCAAGUCCGCAUCCAGCCCCUCGGUCGAUACAAACGGGCCCAGCAACGAAACGAUAGAUUCUAGUGCACACGAAAGUCUUCAACCUAUUCAAGGAAAACAGCUACCCAGGGGACGGCCAUUCGGGUAGAAAGUCUGCGGAGCCUCCGAUAUCGAAAAGCCACCCACGCCGGGAGAGAGUCGAGUGCGGCGAAAGGAGCAAGCAAUUUGUACCUACUUCACCGACGGCAAGUUGCUACCAAAACUAAGCGCGGCCAGAAUGAGAGCCAUCGUCACGCUAUUACUUGUGGCUAUCCAUGCCCGGCUGGCUUUGGCAUUGCCAGUCGUCGAAACAGAGCCAUCGUGGGGAUCGGAACCUACGCGACGGGGGACCAUGGGCAUCUUGCUUCCGUGCCUCAUUACCCUCGGUCUCUGCGUGUGGACGGCAGUACACCUAAACAUCAACCCGCAACCGACUCCGGGGCGGUUACUCCUGUUCAAGCUGGCCUGGCUGCUGCUGGGAAUGCUCGCUCCGGAGUUUGUCCUCUGGUGUGCCUACGAUCAGUUCAUGGAAGCCCGCGCGAUCCGGAACGUCAUUCUGAAGAUACAGACGCACCGACUGAAUUUCGCGAAGUUAAGGGGGACUAAAAAUCAGGACGAGCGGAUCGAAGGCUUUGACAUGAAGGCCGCGUUCUUCGUUCUCAUGGGCGGAUAUGCCGUACAUCCCGGGCCUGAGAAGGUUUACGGACUCCCGGUGACUUUGACGGCCCAGGGCUUUACUCUCUUGUACGCACAAGAUGAAAUCAAUGUUACCGAAGAUCUUGAGCCACGGUUAAUCGAGGACAAAUCCAAGGCCGAUGGUCUGGCCAAGGUCGUUGUUUGUAUCCAGGCGCUGUGGCUCGUAGUCGAGGGAGCUGGGCGCUUGACGAGUGGAUUACCCCUCACUCUACUUGAACUCCACACCAUCAUGCACGUUCUCUGUGCCGUGGCGAUAUACGCCUUCUGGUGGCACAAGCCGAUGGAUAUCCGGUACCCCGUCUUACUGCACCUCGAACCGAGUCUGGCGGCGAGGAUAUACCGUUCGUUCGAUGGAAGUCGCAACUACGGCGCACCAGAUUUCGAAAUACCGAUUUCCGGCCCUCACACGGAAGAUGCGGUGGCGGAUGUGCUGGUAGCCCCCGAAGUAAAGGACAACGUUUCCCCUCAUAGCGAAGACGCGGAAUUGGCGCGUGCCGACACGAAAUACCCUGACCGGCUGGAAGCCAACCGGGUUCGUGCACGCAUGCACCGCAUCCGGGUUGCCGGGGGCUACAACAUCUUCAACUUUUUUGGCUGGCGCGACUCGUUCUGUUUAUGGCCGCCAGCCAGUGGCGACUCCAAAGCAAGGAAUAGAUGGCAGGAUUACGACAUUCGAUCCAAGGGGGCUUUUAGCCUCAUGCCCGAGGACAUCGGCUUCCACGAUGCCUCUUCGCGGGAGAAUGCCUGCGUCCGGGCGCGUAUGGUGCUGAGGGAGGGCUCCGUGCGAUUCGACGACGACAAGCAAGGCUCGUGGUUGGUUCUGGUGGCAUUUGCUGUGGCUUAUGGCGGGGCGCAUGCCUCAGCGUGGAAUACGCACAUGCCGAGUCAGAUCGAGCUGCUGCUCUGGAGGAUCUCCUCGGUUGCGGUCGCGGUGGGUAUACCUCUGGGCUUAGGCGCUUAUCUGUGCGCCGAGAAGCUCGAUCGUUAUUUCUAUACGAGGACCGGACCGGGGCGCUUGGUCAAGUGCAUGAAGUGGCUAGGCGGUGGUGACUGUGUCGUGAAUACGGUGUCCUUGUGUUUCUGUUUUCCGCUUCUCCUCUUCGUCCUUGUUGCGAGGGGCUUCAUGGUAAGCGAAUCCUUCAUCAGUCUUCGAAGCCUGGAGAAGGGCUCGUUCGACGUUGUUCCAUGGAGCAACUAUUGGCCCCACUUCUGAGACUAGGCUGAAGACUACCUAUUCUCUUUCGUUUACUGCGGUGGGAGGUUCUAGGUCUCGGCUCCUCGAGCUCUCUACGUCUCGUAUUUCCGUUGACAUGGUUUCCUUUUUCAUUUCAUGUAAAAUACACUACGUGUGGUGGUCUAAGGAAGAGGCAUGUAGGUACGCAUGCUCAUGGGGUUGAGCGAGGGCAGUGCAAUGACGGAAGGCUGCUCGAUGGUGGUUGGGGAGUUCGAUCCGCAUGAAGGCGGUAGUCACACCGCCGCGGUCUCUGUGUCCAUUAUGCUAGGCACAGGUGCACGAGGAGGAGCCUGACGAAUAGAUCUGCACAGUCUCUGACGAGCUGCCUCGUUGUCCAAAGAAAUUACGCGUAAUUAGCGAGAAGAAAAUUCGAAAAUAGGACCGGCCGGAGAGAAUGGAAGGUGAGAUCGCAGAACGAUCCUAAACCGGACAUGACCGGGCAGAAUUAUCCAG